CCCAGCACCGCCAAAAUAAAUAAAUAAAUACAUUUUUUUAAAAAGGCUGGGAAUGUAGGUGAGUACUAAAGGUUGAGUGCCCCUAGGUUCCAUCCCCAGCACAUUAAAAAAAAAAAAAAAGACUUACAAGAGGAGUUUGGGCUGUUGGCUUCCAGGGGAAGCUUUGACCCCUCCAACUGUCUGGAAGGUGGGUUUGGGCUGGCAGUAGGAGAAAUGGCCCCUCUGUGUGGGGUAGACCAGAGAGGACAAAGUUCUCAAUUUAUAUCACAGAUGUGAUAAUAGUGCCCAGAGAGGAGCUGUAUGGUCAUAGCACAGCAAGGGACAGGACCCAGAACCUGUGUUCCAACUGCUCUGAGAUUUUAGGAGCCUCUGAGAAGGCCAAAGGAGCUGGACAGGAGGCGUGUGUGUGCAUGGUGGUCUGUGUGUGGUUCCGAGCCUGAAAUGACAGGGACUUACUGGAUUGGGGUGUGAAGUGAUAGAUUUGGGGAAGAAGAUUUUCCAUUAGAAGCAGUGUCAGGGAUGUGAAUGGAUGCCUUCCUCAUUACAGAUCUUGGGGCCCAUGUCCCUAUGGUCCCUGUCCCUUGCCCUGGACUGGAAGUUGACUAGGUGAACUUUGAGUCAGAAUAACCUGGAUAGCUCUUGGCCAGGGACACUGAUGGCAUGGAAAAUCUUGGGUCCCUGGCCACCUCUGGUCACCUCACCUCAUCCUGUUGUGCAAUAAAUGGCUGACCAUGAACCAUGAUGGUUGAAAUGAUGACUGGUUUAAGGUGCCUAAUUUCCUACUGCGGCCUCUGAAGACCUUCCACAGUGUCCUUCCAUGCCUAGGUCUGACCUUGGCUGAGGGGAACCUAGGGCUGGGGAAGGACAUAUGCCUUCACACACUCUGGCCUCUCUGCCUGGAUGAACUUGCCUCCCAGGGAGGGACACCUAGGCUGGCAACUGCCCUUAUGGCCACCUUCAUCUGUGGCUGUGGGGCCAGUGGACUUUGGGAGUCAAUCAGGUUUGAAUUCCAAUCUCAGCACGCCCCUCUAUAGCUGGGAGAUUUGUCACUUCUCUGUGAGCUCUCAUGUCCUCAGGGGUAGAAUAAGGAUGACAGUAAUCAACUACUUCCUCAUGCAAGGUGCCCAGCACAGUGCCUGCCACUUGACCAGGUCCCAGCAUGAGGUUGCCAGCAGCCCCUUUGUGCCACAGCCCCUCUACUUGCCUCAUGGUUCCUAUGUAUGAAAUGGAGCCAAGUUGUCCAGAGUCAGGGUCCUCCGGAGAAUGAGCACACGUGGCAUCUCCAGGGCCCUGGGGGAGGGGUGAGGUGUCAGUUCCCCAUUGGUCUGGGACAGAGGCACUCCCCACUGCACCGUUGAGCGCGUACAUCUGCACCCCAACCACAGUGCAUGCUCACUGAGCUGGCUCCGGAGGCCAUGAAACUAUCACUGCCACUAUUGCUGCUGUUAGGAGCCUGGGCUGCCCCAGGGGACUUUGGGGACAAGGCCUCGCUCUCGGCCACUGCCCCACAACUUGAUGAGGAGGAGAAGUACUCAGCCCACAUGCCUGCUCACCUGCGCUGUGAUGCCUGCAGGGCCGUGUCCUACCAGAUGUGGCAGCAUCUGGCAAAGGCAGAGGCCAAGCUUCAUACUCCAGACUCCAGGGGGCAACAGGAGCUGAGUGAGUCGGUAUACACAGACAUCCUGGACCGAAGCUGCUCCCAGAACUGGCAGGACUAUGGGGUCCGAGAAGUGAACCAGGUGAAACAUCUCACUGGCCCAGGUCUUAGCAAGGGACCAGAGCCAAGCAUCAGUGUGAUGAUCACAGGAGGCCCCUGGCCCAACAGGCUCUCUGCAACAUGCUUUCACUACCUGGGAGAGUUUGGAGAAGACCAGAUCUACAAAGCCCACCAACAAGGCCCAGGAGCUCUGGAGGCACUGCUGUGUGGGGGCUCCCAAGGGGCCUGCUUGGACAAUGAGACAGCCACAAGGGAAGAGCUCUAGUCCGCCACUACUCCUGUCGCUUAUAGAGACGCUGGGACAGCCUCUGGACCUUUCCCAUUUCUUUCUGCAGACUGCCAGAGGGCAGGGAGGUGCUGCUACUAUUUCCUCCUCCACUCCAGUGCACUGGGUCCUGGGAGGGACACAGUCUUUCUCUGAAAUAAAAGCCAGUGAUCUUGACUCUUGUCUUCAAAAG